CCAGGAUGCGACGCGCGCGUCCCGGCGCUGGAGCCUCGCGGAUGCCGGCGGCGGGGGGCGGCCGGGCCGAGCCGGGCCCGCUGCGGCAGCGGGAGUCCCGCCAGCUGCCGGGGCGUCCCGCCGCCCCUCCCGCUGCGGCUCGCCCGGCGGCGCUGGCUCUCGUCACCAUCCUCAGCUUCGCCUCCCGCUUCCACCGCCUGGCGGAGCCGUCGCACGUCUGUUGGGAUGAAACUCAUUUUGGGAAGAUGGGAAGUUACUACAUUAAUCGGACCUUCUUCUUUGAUGUCCACCCCCCUUUGGGGAAGAUGCUGAUUGGACUUGCUGGCUACCUUAGUGGAUAUGAUGGCACAUUUCCUUUCCAAAAGCCGGGGGACAGAUAUGAGCAGCAUAACUACAUGGGAAUGAGAGGGUUCUGUGCAUUCCUUGGCUCCUGCCUGGUUCCCUUUGCCUACCUCACAGUGUUAGAACUGUCAAAGUCACUGCCGGCAGCCUUACUCACAGCUUUCAUCCUUAUUUUUGAUACGGGCUGUAUUACUUUGUCGCAGUAUAUUCUGCUGGACCCCAUUCUGAUGUUCUUCCUCAUGGGAGCUGUUCUGAGUAUGGUGAAAUGUAACAGCUGUGCGGAUAGGCCAUUCUCUGCUUCCUGGUGGUUCUGGCUGAGUCUGACUGGCGUGAACCUUGCUGGAGCAAUGGGAGUAAAGUUUGUUGGCCUUUUUGUAGUCCUCUUUGUUGGCCUGAAUACAAUCUCUGACCUAUGGGGCUUGCUGGGGGACCUCAGCCUGUCACUGGUCGUGUUUGGGAAGCAUUUACUGGCUCGUGUACUCUGCCUCAUCCUGCUCCCGCUUGCCCUCUACAUGACUGUGUUUGCUGUUCAUUUUACAGUAUUAAAUAAAAGUGGUCCUGGGGAUGGUUUCUUCAGUUCAGCGUUUCAGUCCCAACUGAUCGGGAACAAUCUUCAUAACGUCUCCAUUCCAGAGCACUUGGCAUACGGAUCUGUGGUCACAAUGAAGAACCUUCGGAUGGCAGGGGGAUACCUUCACUCCCACUGGCAUCUCUACCCGGAGGGCGUUGGAGCUCGCCAGCAGCAGGUCACUGCCUACUUACAUAAAGAUUUGAAUAACCUCUGGAUUAUAAAGAAACGUUAUUCAGAUACAGCAGAUCUGUCAGACCCCUCAAGCCCUGUGGAGUUUGUGAGGCAUGGAGAUAUUAUUCGUCUGGAACAUAAAGAAACUUCUAGAAACCUUCACAGUCACCGGCAUGAGGCUCCACUGACAAAGAAGCAUUUUCAGGUUACUGGCUAUGGAAUAAAUGGAACAGGAGACUCCAAUGAUUUCUGGCGGAUUGAAGUGAUGAGCAGAAAGGCUGAGAAGCUCAUCAAAGUCCUACGGAGUCAGGUCCAGCUAACCCAUGUGGCCACGGGGUGUAUAUUGGGCUCUUCUGGAAAGACUCUGCCAAAAUGGGGUUGGGAGCAAGUGGAAGUCACCUGCACACCAUACCUGAAGAAGAGUCCCAAUUCCCUCUGGAACUUUGAAGAUCAUAUCAACCCUAAGUUGCCCAAUAUCAGCCUGGAUGUUUUGAAGCCUUCUUUUGCAGAAAUUCUGCUAGAAUCCCACAUGGUUAUGAUCCGGGGAAACAGCGGCCUCAAACCAAAGGACAAUGAAGUUACAUCCAAACCUUGGCACUGGCCCAUCAACUACCAGGGCCUGCGUUUUUCUGGUGUCAAUGAGACCGAUUAUCGGGUUUAUUUGCUGGGAAACCCGGUGAUUUGGUGGCUAAAUCUGGUAACUAUUGGGUUAUAUCUUCUGAUAGCAGUUUCCACUGCAGUGGCCUUGAAGAGAGGUGUCCAACUGACUUCUGAACUCAAAGAACUGUCCAGAGUUGUGCUAUGUGGUGGAGCGCAGAUGAUGCUGGGCUGGCUCCUUCAUUACCUCCCUUUUUUUAUGAUGGGCCGAGUUCUCUACUUUCACCACUACUUUCCUGCCAUGCUUUUUUCUAGCAUGUUGACAGGAAUCACCUGGGACACACUACUAAAGUUCUGCGCUGGGCUUUUAUCAUCCAGUACUACAGCUAGAAAAGUAUAUGGAGCGGGGUUCCUGGCACUGUUCUUGCUCAUUGUGUACAGCUUCUACCUCUUCCAUCCUCUGUCCUACGGGAUGAUAGGACCCAUGGCCUCCGAUCCUAGCAGCCCCAUGGCAGGGCUCCGGUGGAUGGACUCCUGGGAGUUCUAGAGCAAGCAAAGGGAGCCUGGGAACAGCAGAUGAGAAGCAUGAGAUCUGCUGCAUUUCAGGCUGAUUCUGGUGCUUUGGAGACGAGUGACAGUAAAAUGCCCUCUCUGGAGAACUCUGUGUAUAGUAGCCCUGUUGCUUUGACAUUUGUUUGCACUGCCUGCAUUGGAAGAUGCAGAGGAUGACUGACAAUGAGAAGGUUCUCUUAAAAAGGCUUAUGUCCUGAAUCCUUAGGUUAUAUUCCUGGACAUCUGACUUCUUAAACCUCAUUUCUUUUGAGCAAUAUAUAUCAGUCAAACAGCAGUGGCAUUCCAGCAGUCAGACCCAGUACAAGUUGGAGGCUGUGUGUAGCUGCGUGUUCCUGUGUGUGUGUGUUUUCCUUCUUGUAAUCUAAGCAGUUUGAGAGCCACACAGUCUCUGAGACAUUACAAGUUUUAUCAUGAUUAACAACCUCUCUUAUGAUGAGGUUUUUGAAAACUUCACAUAAGUAUCUGGGGACCUCCAUUUUACCCUGCCCUGGCUGUCUGUUGUUUAUUUUGUUCUGAUCCUUGAAAUAUUGUGAGCCACUGUGCCUUGCCUGUCGCACAGGCCCUCUGCAGACAGAGGAGAUGGAGAUUGUUAUCCCUCUGUACUGCCUUGCUUUCUGAUCACUUUUAAUCACUUGUAACAAUCACCUAGCCAGCCUGUGCGCAGAGCGAGACUGUUCCAGCUCAGCACUUUGUAGCUUCUAUGCAGUUUCUGUCUGAAACUGCUAAGGAAAUUACAGUGGAAAUAGCAGGUGAUUUAUUUUCUCCCCCAGCAUGCUGUGAAGACCAGCUUCUUGGACGUGUACUAGAGACUGAAAUAAUAGCUAGGAAAUUUUGCAGACAGCUGUCAUUGGUAUUUUGAUCCCAGCUAUUCCAGUGCUAGUACCCCUGCUUUUAGGGGGAACACUUCAUCUUGAUGAAUGUGGCAUCUGCACACUGGUUGCUGGUGCCAUGGUAUCUGCACACUGCCUUGCAAUAUUGAGCAAGUUCCCUCUCAUAGAUGGCUGACCAUCAAAUUAUUGUAUUGAAGGAAAUGUGAGGCCGGGCAAAAAUUCUUUGUCUGGGAAGUGUCAAGGGCCACUGGCUGUUGAAUCCACCCCUUCAAAGAAAGCAGAAUUCUGUUUAUCAGGUGCCUUUCUUGUGUGUUAGGUCUAUUUUUAUAAAUGUUCUUUUUAUUCCAAUUUCAGUUUCUUGUCACAGUUCAAGGUUGGCACCUCGUAGCAUCCAGUGUGACUGACACUUAGACCCCAGCUGUGUUCCUGUCUCAAGAAAUAAUAUUUGUGCAACACUUUUGCAUAUAUUUCAAGGAACUCAAGCAUUUCAUUUCAGAAUUCUUGCUCUGCUUCUCAGCCAUGCAUCAAAAUUACAGGAAGAGCAGCAGGUGAGUGUGUCUGUCUUGAAACAUGAAAUGUGCAUUCAUUUAUCUUACCAGUCCUUGAAUUCUAAUGUAUUUUGUACAGCACAGAAGGGCUGCAUUAGCAUAGCUGUUCUGUGGGACACACUGAGACUCCAGUCAGACUUGCUUUCAUUCCCCCGUAACAGAGAUCCACAGCCUUGCUCAGUAAGGAAGCUGCUUGCUAGUGUGAGGCUUUGGCUUGGUAUGUCACAUCUCUCUCCAGAAGCUGCCUCCUGUAGAUGGUAACUCAGAUGGUAUGGACCUAUGCUUUUGAUUCUAAAGGUUUUGAGUUAAUCACCUGCUGGUAGUACAAUGGUGGGAAGUCAUGGCACUAACUAGCUACUGGCUUUGAUGAUUUUUUCCCACUUGCUAUUGCAGGAAGCACCCCCACCUGCAUGAGCCAGCGUUCACAGAGGUGAUACACAGGUAAGAAGGAUGAGUGAGAAGGCUGCAAACUUCUUCAGAUCCUGCUUGAUCUGACAGUAGCUGCGAUCUCUUGGCAACAUGGCAGACAGCGCAGUGCUGCCUUUGUAGCAAUGUGAUUGAGUAUCUUCUACUCUUGGUGAGAUUAUCAGCUUAGCGUCUUGCUCUCCUGAAUAUGAGCAUUCCCUAAGGUGGUCCCAUUGCCAUGGGGAGGAAUUAGCAGAAGAGCAGAUAAAAGACAUGAUUUAAAGUGCAGUUUUCCCCAGCACAUGCUAUCACACACUUGCCCUUAACACUAACAACAAAAACAAUAACCUAAGAAACUUGUGUGUGCUUUGGAAUGACACUUUCUAACACUCUUUAUUCAUCAACUUAAAUCUGUAGGAAAGCAAAAAUCAACUCAGUAACCUUGGAUACUUCAGUUAUUAUGAAAGGCUCAGCUUUAUAGGAGCUGCCUGAAGAAAAUGAACCAGUGUGUUCCUUGGCCAGGGUCCCUCUGUCCUUUAUUGCUAAUAAUCUUUUGAGUGAGGAUUGGUAGCUGAGUUUGGGGAUUGGCCAGCUGAAAGUGGCAAAUGUCAUGCUCUCAUCCCACCUUCUUAUGGACAAGCCCAGUUUCUGUUUCAAUACAGACAGAAGUUUAUUUUUCUUUAGGACUGCCUUUUCAGAAAUCCUCUGAGAGCACUUGAUUGGCAUUGGGACUAAUCUGUUUCUUGGGCCUUGGAUGUUGUGAAGGGGAUGGAGACAUACAGUGAAAAAAAAACCAGCAAUUCCACAAGAGGGAGCAACUUCCAGCAGAAUAUUUUCCUUUUUUUUUUUUUUAAUUUUUAAAGUGAUUUUUAUUCUGAAGUUUAAAGUAUUAAAAGGUCUACAUUUGAAGACUAGAGGGCAGACAUUUCAUCUGCACUGUCUGGAACCUAAGGGUUGGGUUUUCAAGUAAGUGUAAAUUGAUGUUCCCCUGUCUUCUUGUAGUAAAAAAACACUGAAAAAUUAUUUUAGUUAGAAUUUGACCUUCAGUGUUUGCUUCUCAAAACAAAACCUGUUGGGAUGUAGCUGGAAGAUAACAGUAACCAAUAUUCUGUGAGGUCAAUAAAAUAUAAUAAUUAAGAAUCCCAUACUGACUUUGACUUAAAAUGUCUGAGUGGUGCAGAUGUGAGGCAAUGGGUGCAUGGCACUUUUUGCUUUUGGAGUGGGGUUUGGGCUGCUUCAGUCAGUUUUCCUAGUUGUGCUUGUGGAAUGAGUUCAGGUUUAUUUUGAGGAUUGCUUAUUAGUCCUCUUCCCCAGUCAUGUGGAAAAUAGCUCACGGUGCUUUCUCUUAGGCCAGAAGAUGCUGUUCUCUGGAGCAGCUGCUGUCUUUGAACUUGGCUUGACAGGGCUUCUUUAAUCACUGGCAAAUUAUUUCAUCAACCUGUAUCUGUGGAUUCAAAUCACAAAAAGCUGCAGGCUGCCAGAUACUCUGUUUCAAAUUCUGUUUUAUGUGUAAACUCUAUUCUCACCUCUUCAGUCUUUUGAUAGAUAGAAGGCCUCUAGGCUCAUCUAGCUUCAUCCUAGGCAGUCCUUCCAUCUUAAAAGGUUUCAGUAUCAGUCACUUCAGGCCACCUCAUGCCUAUUCCAGCAGCAGGGAUUGGCCUGUUUCUAGGAACCAGACUGCUCGUGCUAUGAGACACAGCUGUGACUGUGAGGAGGAUUUGAAUGGAGGUUCCUGUGCCAGGGUUGCUUUUGGUGCAGGUGGAUGACUUCGUGUCACGCACCGCUUACCAGUGUUAUUCACAGCUCUGUAGGUGGGAGAGCCACCACCAUUCUCUUGUCUGCAGGGAGUUUUCUUUUUGUGUCUUGAUUGGAAGGGCUUGUUGAUGCACCGGUAGGAUCUUCCUUUUUAUAUCCCACUCCAUCCUUCUGCUUCUUCAGGUGUGCCAAAAGUACAGGACACAUCUUUGCUUCUCUUCCAGUUUUUAGGCUGUACAUCCAUUUCUUCCAGGUGCCUGAACAAGAAGGUAGGAUGGGACACCUCAUAGUAUCCCAAGUGAAUGAAUACCUGUCACAUGCACUGAGAGCAAAACCAGAACCUUGUUAUAGAAAGGUAAACAAAUGUGUUAUUUUACAGUUUCACAGUAUCACAGUAUGUUUGGGAUUGGAAGGGACCUCAAAAGAUCAUCUAGUCCAAUCCCCCUGCUGGAGCAGGAACGCCUAGGUGAGGUCGCACAGGAACAUAUCCAGGUGGGUUUUGAAUGUCUCCAGAGAAGGAGACUCCACAACCCCCCUGGGCAGCCUGUUCCAGUGCUCUGUCACCCUCACUGAGAAGAAGUUUUUUCUCAAAUUUAAGUGGAACCUCCUGUGUUCCAGCUUGAUCCCAUUACCCCUUGUCCUAUCGUUUGCCACCGAGAAGAGCCUGGCUCCAUCCUCAUGGCUUCUUCCUGUAUCUCUGAGAAUCUUUUUCAAAGUACUUGAGAGUGAACCAUUUAUCAAUGUAGAAACACAGGCAUUUACCUGAAAUUCUCCAUUGCCAUGCUUAGCAGCUUCCCUUCCAGAGGCCGUGCCUGUGUGACUGACCCUCUGGGUUGGCACUCUGUGCAUGAGGACCAUUAUAACACUCUUUCCUCCUCUCAGGGUCCUACUGGCAAUGUGAAAAUUUCUUUAGCGGUGCCCUGUGUCUCCACCAGCACUUACCUCCAAGAUAGGUGAGGGUUUGGGGUUUUUUUCCCCCUUUUCUUCAAGUGACUUCACACACUGGCAAGUGUGUGUCACGAAAUCAAAAAUGUGUGGACUGUUAGAAUGUCAUAAGGCUCCUUCCUGCUGGGAAAGGAAGGCUGAAGAUAAGAACACCACCUCCAUAGCACACUUGCUCUCUUCAGGGGGCUGUGGGCUGCAAGCAGUCAGGACUGAGAAUUGUCUCUGUCUUCUUUGAAGUAUCAAGACCCUGGUUGCAUGGUUGGUUGUGGGUUGCUUUACUUUUUAAACUCCCUUAUGUCAAGAGCUAUUUUUGUCAUGAGUAAUUUCUGAGGUAGAGGACAUGGUAGCACACAGACCACUCCUACUGAAUUUGUAAUUGGUCCUAAAACUUUGCCAAGUGAGUUUAUUGUAUAUAACAAGAGCUGCUGUUUAGAACCAUCCUUGGAGAACUUGCCCCUGACUGAGCAAGAGUUUGGAGCAACAGUGAGUGGGGUUCUUUUGUAAUUCUGUCCUGUUUUCUGAACCUUUCUUACUAGUGCUGUGUGUGCGUGUGGAUCUGCCCAUGAACUGAAUGUGUUCUAGUGGAGGUGUAAGUACUGCACCACACAGUGUGGAUGGGAGAAUGUUCCCUUGAGCUAUAAAUGUAUUUUGUACAGGAGAUCAUGGAAAAUGAAGUAGAAUCUGGAAUUUAAUUUUGUAAUAAAGAUCUCUUAUUGCAAGGA